AUGACGGAUACACAAAGAAUUGAGGACGGUCCCCGGCAUAUGGCCCAUAGCCAUGCGCAUGAAGUCGACGUCCCCGGAACAGUCGAUCUCAAUGCCGCCGCAGGUGACGACACUGGUUAUGGGCAAGCGCUUUAUCCAGUGCCGACGGAUGACCCCAAUGAUCCGCUUCAGUGGCCGGAAUGGAAAAAGACCUCCAUUCUGAUCAUCUGUGCCAUCUACUCGUUCCUCGGAAACAGCGCCCUCACUGGACCGGCAGUCUAUAUCCCUAUUUACGCCGCAGAGUUUGGUAUCUCACCUACCAAGGCUUCUGGAUUGGUAUCUUAUCCGAAUCUGGCAUUUGGAUUCGGUUCCCUUAUUCUCGUGCCCUUGUAUCUCAAGAUCGGACGUCGACCAGUGACGUUGCUCUCUAUGGCAUUCUUUGUCGGCGGUUUGGUCGGCGCCUCUCAAGCCACGACGUACGAAGGUCUGAUGGUCGCUCGUGUAUUUUGUGGCUUCGGUAGCGGAGUCUGCGAGUCCCUUCCUGUGCAACUUGUCAAUGAUAUUUUCUUCCUACACGAACGAGGAAAGAGAUUGGGAUACUAUACAAUCUGUCUCUGUCUCGGGUCUACUGGACCUCUGUAUGCUGGGUACAUGCUCGCCGGUGGUUAUUCUUGGAGAUUGUUCUUCUACGUCGUUCUAGCCUUUGCGUCCGCUAUUCUUGUUGCAGCAUUUUUCCUCGUAGAGGAGACCAACUUCAAACGGCCGGAACCAACCCCCACUCAAUCGUCUGAUAUUACCGAUGAAAAGCUACAAGGAUCUGCGCAUGCUGAGAGUAUAAGUCCAGCAGUAAUUCCAGCUCGCAAGUCGUAUCUCUCGACCCUGCGUCCCUGGAGCUCCAUCGAUCCUGACGCGAGAUUCUUCACUACGAUAUGGCGAUCAUUCACCUACUUUUGCGUGCCGGCAGUUUUCUGGGUUAUCACAACUUUCGGUAUAUAUAUCGGUCUUGGAGCUUUCUCCUUCAACUACAUCUUUCCACUAAAGAUCACAGCACCGCCAUACAACUGGAGCCAUACAAAUUCCGGUCUGCUUGCAAUCGCAACUGUUGUUGGCUACGCCCUUGCUUUACCCUUUACUUCCAGCUCCGAUCGUCUAGCAGCAUAUCUCACCAAGAGAAACGGGGGUAUCCGAGAGGCAGAAAUGCGCUUGGGUGUCUUGUUGCUACCAAUGCUCAUCCCACCAGCCGGCCUGAUCCUCUUCGGUUUCACCGCAGAGCGCAAUCUGCACUGGAUGGGCUACUUCGCAGGUGUAGCCCUGGACCAAUUCGGCUCGUACUUUUACUUUACCUUUGUACUUGCUUAUGCCGUGGACUCGUAUUACGCAAACACAGCUGAGAUGCUUAUUGCCAUGAAUCUCGGCAAACAAGCCAUUUCAUUUGGAAUGAGCUUGUAUUUGCUAGACUGGGUACUACAGCGUGGUUAUGUUGUUGUCAUCUCGGGUAUUUUCUGCGCCGUGUUGCUCGCCAAUAAUUUAGCUGUUGUGAUUUUCAUGAUCUUUGGAAAGAGGAUUCGAAGGUAUACAUCCAAGUCCUGGCUGGGAAGGUUGCAUGCUCGCACAUAUACGAAGAAUAUGACUCAUUAG